GGAACAGGGUCUUUUUGGUUUUUACUUUCCGUCAGGUGGACGGUCAUGGGCAGGAAUGUAACUGACAAUAUUUGCUCUAAGAGGACGCGUUUGCCGAUGUGCAAUCGGAGAAUGGUGUCCUUAGCAGACACCGUAUCACCACCGUACAGCUGUUUGGAGGCUGCUUUUAAAUAACCCACCGAACUCAUUUAGCAUUUUAGUGCUUUGGAAUUUUGUUCUUAAAAAGUGUUUGAUCCCCAAAGCUCGGAACCCUUUGGAAUUUCUCAUUUUAAAGGAAUCCUAAUCUUUACUGUGACUGAAUUGGCCCAAAGCGUGGCUUUUCAAUAAGGAAGACCUUGGCUGCCUGGAACUCAACCCUCCCCUGGUCACUGAGGACAUCUCAGAAUUUCUAAAACAAUGAAACAUGACUGAGGACUCGCAGAGAAAUUUUCGUUCAGUGUAUUAUGAGAAAGUAGGGUUUCGUGGAGUUGAAGAAAAGAAAUCAUUAGAAAUUCUCCUAAAAGAUGACCGUCUGGGGAUCCUGCCUCCACACCAUGAGUCCCACACCCAGGUGAUGACGUAUCGCAAGGAGCAGUACUCUGACGUUCUUCAUGCCCUGAGAGUCGUUCGUUUCGUCAGUGACGCCACGCCUCAGGUGGAAGUCUACCUCCGCAUGUAUCAGCUGGAGUCUGGAAAGUUGCCUCGAAGUCCCUCCUUUCCACUGAAGCCAGAAGAUGAAGUAUUUGUUGCCAUCGCAAAGGCCAUGGAAGAAAUGGUGGAAGAUAGUGUCGACUGUUACUGGAUCAUCCGAUGCUUUGUGAACCAAUUAAACAACAAGUACCGAGAUUCUUUGCCCCAGCUGCCAAAGGCUUUUGAACAAUACUUGAAUCUGGAAGACAGCAGGCUGCUGAGUCACCUGAAGACGUGUUCUGCAGUGUCCAAACUUCCUUAUGACCUCUGGUUCAAGAGGUGCUUCGCCGGGUGCUUGCCUGAAUCCAGCUUACAGAGGGUUUGGGAUAAAGUUGUAAGUGGAUCCUGUAAGAUCCUAGUUUUUGUAGCUGUGGAAAUUUUAUUAACUUUCAAAAUAAAAGUAAUGGCACUGAACAGUGCAGAGAAGAUAACCAAGUUUCUGGAAAAUAUCCCCCAGGACAGCUCGGAUGCGAUUGUGAGCAAGGCCAUCGACUUAUGGCAUAAACACUGCGGGACGCCUGUCCAUUCAGCCUGACCGCUCCUGCCGGUGUGGACAGCCUGCGGGGUGCGCCCGGAGCGUUUGUUCUGAGGACCUGAUCCACUAAACUGAUCAAAGCAGGGUUCUCGCUUUGCUGCUCCAAGUGCAAUUUCUUUUCCAGCAAAAGUAUUGAAUGAAGAUACUGGUAUCGCUGCACCGUGGCGCGGCAUCUUUCGGUUGCACGGAGUACCAGGUUCCACUCCGAAUACACUUGAAAAGGGUUGUUGGAGUUGUGAAAGCAGUUCAGUCAGGGUCGAGGGUGCUUUAGGAAGCAGAGCAGAACCAAGCCCGCUCUACUUCUCUCUAAUCGGCGCCAAGCGAGGGGCUCUCUAAGGUCUGUUUCUGGAAUAAAGGUUAAAUAACUUCCUUCUGUUGACAACUCAGAGUCGGCUUUUGUUGAUGCAGUUCUUAUUUAAAUCUAAGCCGACUGCUCUCUGAGGCUUCCUCUUGCUAAACAGGUUUAAAUAAGGCCUUACAUUUUUUUCUUUGUACCAGUUGGAAUGAAACAGUGAUUGACCAAAAUAUGUCUAAAUUUACCUACCAGGAGAGACAAUACUUGUUGAUAUUUUGCUGGACUUGUGCUUUUUCCUGAUGGGUCAUUAGAUGCUGGGUGGGCUUCAGGGUGCCCUCUGCCACCCAGGAUAGGAGUGGGAGAAAUGGCAGGUUAAGGUGAACAGCUAAUGACCCCUGAGCCGUACUGUGCCAUGUUAUGGUAACUGUUCAUUGGAAAGUGGCAGGCUUUGAGCCCCUCGAGUAAGAUGCGGCCCUUUGUUUGCAACUGAUUCAGCUGUCAGACCUACAGGAGCCUGAGUGGUGAGCUGGAUUCUCCCCACCCCCUACCUCCCCAAAAAAGCAGAAGGAGACCAUGAAAUGAUGAAGUUAGAAAUCUGAGAAUUCAGUCCUUCCCUAAAGUGUAAAGUAACUGCCUAGAAAGAGUUCAGGAAACCUGAGUUGUGGGAUCCAGCUGAUACUUCUGUAUAGUAGCAUAUCCAAAAGUAUUUAAUUUUUAAAAAAGACAACAAUACACUCAGAAGAAAACUCCUUAAAGUACACUUUUGCAUACAGUUAAGACUGUGUAUUUAUUCGGUGAUUGCCUCUACCGCCGAAGAACUUUUAAUCCAUUUGGGGCUAUAAGAAAAAAACACAUGAGAAGGAAUUCCUGCCCCAAUCACCAAAUGGUGAUCAUGAUGCCUGAAAUUCACAGCGAAGUCAUAAAACAAUAAUAAUUUUACUGCUGUUUAA